UCUGCGUCCUGGCCCAAGUGAUGGUGUUGGCACUCCUGAUCAGUCUGCGUCCUGAUUCAGGAGCAUCAGUCUACGUCCUGAGCCUCACCGUGAAUAAUGAACGUUCAGGAAAAGGGUUACAGGCCUAUUGGGAGGGCGUGAUCUGUAAACGGAAGAAGUUGGAGGUGAAACGCACCCACAUUCUUGGAAGCCUUCAUCUUUUAAAUGAAGCUGGACAAUAUAAUGUUGAUGAUCUCUUGUCGGAAGGAUUUUCGGACCCUUUACUUAUUGAUGCAUCAUCAUCUACAACCAAACGCACUUUAGAUAGCACUAUACAAACUUCUUCCAAAAGGACUAAGGUUAAAAGUUCUAAUAAAGAUAGAUCUUUGGAAAGCUCGGAACAACAUCUACAAUAUUCUCCUCAUGAUACGCAAAAUUCUGGUGAUGAUUAUAUACGACCCCCUUCUUACAACAAUACAUUUAGUGCUGAAUCAAAUGAAUGCGCUUUGGAUAGUUUGGUAGAAAGUGAUAUAGAAGUGAUUGAAAUAGAUGAGGAAGAUGAAAUCAAGAAUCUUACAGAGGAUGAAAUUGAAAUUCGAAAUAAGAUACUCAAGGUUUUGGCUAGAUGUCAAGACGAAGAAAAAAAGUCGAAAAAAUCUCACAUGACAUCAAUAUAUCUUAAUAAUAUAAUGGAUCUGACUGAUAUAAAAAUACGCAAAAAAGUUGAAAAGUCCUUAAAUGAAGAUCAGCUUUUAUGGUUUAACAAGAUUCUCAAAAAACAGAUUUCAAACCAAACUGACGAGUUCAAAAAGUAUUUGAAUCAAUUUACCGGAGCUGUAUGUAAUAGAGCUCAAAUCCCAACUCUAGUCCGUAAAUCUUUUGUUUCAGGAAGAUUUGACUCUUAUUAUUACGAAGACUAUGAUAUUGCUCACCAAAUACUUGAGCACUGCGCUACUCGGUUAGAAGCUCCGAUGAGCUAUGAAUCCAAUGGUUUUAAUUUAGAACGAACCUUUGCAAUAGACACUAUAAUCUACAUUUUAAAUCGGUUAUUCAGGAUGCAUCAGGAUGUUAUAGAUAGUGGAUGGAUUGAGUUGACGACUCCUCACACUAACCGUCAUAAAUUCGAUGGAUUAUUUAAAGUGUUAAGAACAAGACAAGGUAAUCAAGUUAUAGCCGUUGUCGAAUUUUCAGGUGGCAGAAAGGCAUCCUCAACUAAAGAAAACGAUGAUCAUGUUAAAUUGUGUCGAAACUCGAUGAGGAUUCUAAAUUUUAUAUUGCAAACCAUACCAAGGGAAAUGGCGCGAAUCUACUUAAUACAAUUUGUCAACAGCUAUCUUAGGAUUGAAUAUUUGAUCCGCCCCUUACCAUCCGUGUAUCUUCUUGACCAUUUUAUAUUUACUAAAGUACCCGAGACCUUUGAUGACUUUGAAAAUUUUGCCAAAGAUAUGGUGGAAUUGAUGUAUUGGCAGGCGGAUGUCUUAUUCACGGUUAAGGAAAUAAACAAGAUCCCGUACACAGCUGAAAGAAAUAAUGUCUGCACAACUCCACUAGAAGAAUCACCAAGAAAGGUUAAAAGAAAAGUCAUAAAGAAAGUUAAUGAUUCAUAUUCAGAAUCGACAUGUCCUGGAUCGCCAUUGAUUUAA